ACUAAAUCCACACAAUAUCUUAAUGCGCUUCUGACAUAAUGACAGCAAGGUUUACAACGAGAUAAUCGGAGCAAAUGUUGAGCAGUUGUCUUAACAAAACACUCCACUCCGUUUGUGGGUCAUCCACUAGGGAAACACGAGGAUAAAAUGAGCCUGUCCAGCCUUUGUUUGGUGCAGGCUAGGCCUAAGGCACAGGUGUGAGCUCAUCGGACAUUUUUUUUUCCUUGAAACGCCUUGACCGUGACUCAGCCAAUCACAGCGGACGACCGGUGUUAACUGUUGAAGAUAAUGACGUGCUGCCAGCCGGAACCACCUGAGCGCAAAACAAAAGGCACAAUGUGGGAGCAGCCAUGAAUUCCCCGCGGUGCGCAGUGCGCCCUGUCGUGUGUGUGUGUGUGUGUGUUUAAAGGGCCGCUUUCGGACUGCGGGUGCCUAAACGAGCUGCAGAGGGCAACCUCGCCCUUACUCGCAAAGAUCCCCCCAGCCUCUUAACACACACAGAUAUAUACCCCCCCCCUCUCUCUUCCACACACACACACACACACCGCUCCUCCUGCCAGACUCCCAGGCCAAGCAGCGUCGCCAUACGGAACAUCCUGCCCUCAACGGAGAGGGGGAGGAGAGCGAGCGAGAGAGAGAGAGAGAGAGAGAGACCGAGUGUAUGUGUGUGUACUGAGAGAGAGAUAGAAAGAGAAAGAGAGAGAGACGAGGUCUGGCGCCUCCCGGUAGUAAAUCUAUCAGGUCUCUAGCACAAAAACUCCGAAACAGACCGAGAAGAGGCCUCGCGGCUAUCUCAUCGUUUACUGGUGCCUUGAACCAGCAGCAGCAGCGCGUGAAGCCUUGGAUUAAAAAGCCCGAGUGGCAGAGGACGGAUGGUCGCGCGGACGGGCGGCGCGUUCUGAAGUUGGACAGACUACCGAGACACCGACAACAAGCAGCUGCAGCAGCAGCUUCUAUUCUCCCACCACCUCCCCGAACCCCGUGAAGGCAGCGGCGGCACCGGGAGGCUGUGCCCGCACACCCUGACCAUGAAGCUGCCUUUGCUACUGGCGCUCACGGCGCUGCUUGCUCACGCCGCCACGGCACAGACUUGGUCACCGUCUAUCGAUGAUGAAGGCUCGACGAGAGACGAGUUCUAUGACGACGAGGACCUCUACUCGGGCUCCGGCUCUGGCUUUCCUGAAAUCAGAAUGAGGCCGACAUCGGUGGGUGUGUCCUACACCACUGAAGAGCCACUCCUCCUCUCCACCACCCAGGCCACCAGCCCCGCCCCAUCCGCCUCACCUGCAGCUGAGCCGAGCCCCAACCCGGAGGACCCCAUUGCCACCCAGCUGCCCACUGAGGCCGAUGGAGAGAGCGGCAUUUUCUGGGAAAGAGAGAGAGAGUUGGAGAGGGAGAAGGAGGAAGAGAUGGAGAGACUUAAAGAGCUGGAGAAGGAAAGAGAGAGGGAGAAACAGUUGGAGAGGGAGAGAGAGAGGGAAAGAGAGAGGGAGCGGGUCCGGGAGAUGGAGAGAGAGAGGGAAAGGGAGAGGGAGCGCGAGAGAGAAAGGGAACGUGAGAGAGAGCGAGAGAAGGAGAGAGAGAGGCAGAGAGAGCGUGAGCUUGAGAGAGAGAGAGAGCUGGAACGAAUCAGGGCUGCCGCCGCUGCCGCCCAAACCACCGCCGCACCUCGACCCCCUGCUGCAGUCCCUGUCGUGACAUCUAACCCUACAGUGGGCUCUGCGGAGAGUGCAGCGCCCUCUGCCGGUUCGGAUGACCUAAGCACCACAGAAGAAGAAGAGGAUGUCUACCUGUCACCUGAGCCCACAUCAUUUUACCCAGGCUUUGAUAUAGAAGGCACCACAGAGGAAGACAUGGCCACCACAGCAGAGACCACGCCUGAGCCCACGACAGCAGUGCCUACCACAACCACCACCACCACCGUCAAGACCAGGGUUCCCUUCAGGCCCAGGGUUCCCAUGACAACAGCCACUCAGGCUGUGCCAACAGAGAGAACGACCCGCCCACAGCAGCCCACAACGUCACAGGAGGGUAACAAUGAUGUGGGUGUCGCGGGGCCAAGUGGAGAUUUCGAGAUCCGUGAUGAUCGCCGUAAUGAUCUUGGUCGAGGUAUGCCAGUGGAUCCUGAUCUGAUCGGCAACACAGUGGAUGGAGGAAGUUCUGCCGCCCAGCUGCCACAGAAGAACAUCCUGGAGAGAAAAGAAGUCUUGAUAGCGGUGAUAGUGGGAGGAGUUGUGGGCGCCUUGUUUGCUGCCUUCCUGGUGAUGUUGCUGGUAUACAGGAUGAAGAAGAAGGAUGAGGGCAGCUACACGCUGGAGGAGCCCAAACAGGCCACCGUCACCUACCAGAAACCAGACAAGCAGGAGGAGUUUUACGCAUAACACUCGUAUGCCGGAGAGACACACCACACCAAGGGAGAGAGAAAGAGCAAGAGAGAGAGAGAAGAGAGAGAAGAGAGGAAAAUACUCUAAGCCCCUGCCCUCCUCCUCUUCUUGUUUUUUGUUGCUUUCCCCUCAUCUGCUCGCCUUUCCUCAUCCCUCUCUCCUCUCGUCUCCAAAACACUUGAGAGCGCCUUUCUCUCUAUGGACUUGGACCUUUCUUUUCAAUGAAAACGAAAAGAGGACAAAAAGAAGAAAAAGGAAAAAAAAAAAUCCAAAUAUAUUCUGAAAAAAAUAACACAUACACACGAGAUGUUUUUAAAGUAAAUGUUGUUAUUAAUAUUCUAAAGAUUCUCUUGUUCUGUAUGUAAUGACAUGAUUAUUUUGUAAAAAAAAAAAAGCCAACAAUGAAACAAAACACAAGAUUGUAACCUGUGUUUUGUAGCACAAAAAAAAGUUCCUCCUCUGUUUUUAUGGAGCAAAUGAAAAAGCUAAAAAGAAAGAGGAGAGGAGGGGGUGGAGCGAGCUAAGUGAGACACAAAAGAAAAAGAGAGGGGUGGCGUUGCAUCUGCCCCUCAACCCCCAAGAACCACAUGGGGCGUCUGGUUGGCCCGGCACAGAGCCCGGGGUCAAAAGGUGAGAGGAAAGGUCUCUUUUGUGCCUUCCAUCCCUGUGGUGCUCAAAGACGCAUACGCAUGUCCAUACAGCCACAUAAACACAUGCCUACACACAUAUACAUGCAUACACACAGACUUGUAUCUGCUUGAAGGUGGCUCUGACCUCUCACUCUGUGCUCGGCCAACCAGAAAACGGUGAUCAUACCUUGAUGUGUUUCACAAUGUUGAGGAGCUGCUGUAGAAACAUAGGCUGGUCCAUCUGCUCCUCCGAGCUGUACAAAGACUAGUUACGGAUAGUAAUAAUAACCAAUAAUAUAUCAAUGUUUUGGGCUGAAUGGUGAACAAUAAUAAUAAUAAUAAUAAUAAUGAUACCAUGAUAAUAAUAAUAAUAAUAAAUCUUGAACAGGAGGAUGUGUAUUUAGCAGUUUAAAAAGUUUAUAUGUAAAUAUCAGCGUAUCCUUUCUGGCAUCACUAACCAUCUGCAUGAUCAUGACGAGUUUUUAUUCAUCACAUCCGUCAUCUCGUUAGAUGAGCUGUGCUCUCGUCAGCCACACACACGCACACACACAAACACAUACAGACACAUACAGACACACACCUGCAGACAUACAACUUGCUGUGCAUUUAAAUACACCCCACAGACUUUAAAUAUACUGUAAAUCAUAUCAUUCAAACACAUAUCAAACCCAUCCUCAUGCUCAUCAUCCUCAUCAUUGUCAUUGUGAUCGUCAUCAAUCGUGAUAGGAGCGAGGUCAGGUGGUUUCAGUACGUUAUUGAUUAGUUAAGGGUCAGUUGCCGGUUGGUUUAGAGUUUGAUCUGUUUGUGUAAAAGCACAAGUACAUGUCCAGUCAUCACGUCAUCCGAUGCCCCCUCCACCCAACACACACCUUUUGCAUGCCUCACUUUCUUUUUCUUCCAUCAUUGGCUCUCUGUUUGGGGAUGGGAGUGGCCUCUCGGAAGCGAGACGGGCUUUAAUGAAAAACAGGAAGUGUGAAUCCUGCACAGGAAGUUGUUCCCACAUGUACUAAUUCAGUCAAAAAGCUUUGGUUAUGAGAGGAAGCAGACUAUGAAUUAGCAUUUUGGGGAGUCAACUUGAACCUGCUGUUGGACUUUUUUUUUUUUGGGAGGGGGGUGAGCUUGGAUUCAGUUUGGGAAGGGGAAUGUGAGGAGACAGGAGGGCUGUGCUUCUAUCUAAGAGAUUGUAACAAUAACCACACCAGUGCGACUGGGCUAGUAGCUUCUAUUAUACUCAGUACUGUAGAACAAAAAAAUGCAUGGGAGUCAAAACUAUACUAGUCUGGUUGUGUGUGUGUGUGUGUGUGUGUGUGUGAGUGUGAGUGUGAGGGUGCCUGUGUGUGUCUUUGCGUUUGAAAGAAAAAGGGGGGUGAGUUAAAGUUGGAAUGUUCUGUGGUUGAGUGUGUGUUUACCUACUCCAGCAGUUCUCACGCUCUUCCACAGCCAGGUAACACACCUCUUCCACUCCUGUGUGUGUGUAUGCCAGUACGCCCUCGCCAGUGUGAGAAUAAGUGUGUGUGUGUGUGUGUGUGUCUAAACUUCAUCUAAACCCCCCACCUGUCUGUGUGCAUGUGAGUGCUUCACCUUGGUAUUUCACAGCACACUCUUGUGUACACUGACUAGCCUGUCGACGUGUGUGUGUGUGUGUGUAUAUGUGUGUGUCUGCGCGUGUUUAGUCUGUUCACUGCUGAAUGAAGGGCAGCUGGUCCCUCACAGUGGCUUUCACACACACUGACUGUCUUUUCACUGUCUGCCUGUCUGUCUCUCCGCCGCAGGACAGACGGACAGACAACACGCCACUUUCUCACAGGCAGGAAUGAUCUUAACACGUACUGUCUUUUCUAAAGUGACUGUCCAAGUGUAAACAUGUGUGUUUGUACCCAUCUAAGCCUGCGUAGCCAAAUAAGACGUGUGUGUAUGUGUGUGUGUGUGUGUGUGUGUGAGAGAGAGGGAGAGAGAGAGAGAGAGGUUGAAUUUGUAUGUGUGUGAGCGUAGGUAUGUGUGUGGAGCCCAAUGGAGGCUACACUACUCUAUGUUUGCUGUUCCCAUUCCUGUUUUUAUACAUUUGCAUUUUUUUAAGGCUGAGUUUUCUGUCAUUGGCUGAGUGAGCGAGAGGAGGCGGAUCCUCCACGCCACCGCCCUGUCACUAAUCUGCCACUCUGUUCCAAAUAAAAAACCUGAUUGGGUAAA